UUUUUUUUCUCUUCCCACAAUACAGGAUCUUCCUUCCUCAGCUCCCUUAAAUUAUAACCCAGGGAACCUCCACCAGAACCUCCGUCAAACCCAAGGCAGAAUGUCUAGUGGCAAAUACAUAGACUCCGAGGGGCUUCUCUACUCGGCGCCGGUCCGGGAACAGGGAAACAUCUACAAACCCAACAAUAAGACCAUGGCCGACGAAAUGAACGAGAAGCAAAUAUACGAUGCGCACACCAAGGAGAUCGACCUGGUUAACCGAGACCCCAAGCAUCUCAAUGACGAUGUGGUCAAGAUUGAUUUUGAAGAUGUGAUAGCAGAACCAGAAGGGACACACAGCUUUGAUGGGAUCUGGAAGGCAAGCUUUACCACCUUCACUGUGACAAAAUACUGGUUUUACCGCUUGCUCACUGCACUCUUCGGCAUACCAAUGGCACUCAUCUGGGGCAUUUACUUUGCCAUUCUUUCCUUCUUGCACAUCUGGGCAGUUGUGCCAUGCAUCAAGAGCUACCUGAUUGAGAUCCAGUGUAUUGGCCGGAUCUAUUCAAUCUGCAUCCACACCUUCUGUGACCCGCUCUUUGAGGCUGUGGGCAAGCUAUUCAGCAAGAUCCGGAUCACCGUACAGAAGGAAAUAUAAAUAACAUUUCAAGGAGAAAAGUCCACCUGAUUCUUUUUUGUUCUUAUUUUCUUGGUGCCAAUUUCAAGUUUCCAGCUGCUUGUACAAUGGCAAGUUAUCAGUAUCUUGACCCAGAACAAAAAAAUCACUUGCUCAGUUUUCAUUCUUACCAUUUAUCCCUCUUGGAAACUGUUUUGUACUUCUUAGCAAUCUGCAUUUCUUAAACCAACCCUAACUCCUAAACCUUUCUCAUUCCUUAUGCAUGCAUUAUCAUUCCACUAAGAAACAAAUAGAUAGGAGUGUUCAUUCUUGUAAGAGAAAUUGACAUUAAUAUAAUGAAGAACUUCAAAAUAAAAAAUAAAGUGCUUUCCCACUCUAGAAUGUUGAUCAUUAUAUUGUGGGCAGUUUUAAGCUACUACUGCAGAAUAUACAGGGUAUGUUGGCAGGUCUUUAAUAAAUGUUCUUUUUUUCCAUUGUCCACUGUCUGUCAGUGGACUGCAGCUGUUCACUUAAAUGGUCUGAUUUUGUCUACCAACAGACAGAGAUGGAGUUGACAAGAAUUGGCUAAUCUCCUACAUUCAUGCUACCCAACUGUUGCCAUACUGAUUUUGAAAUUUUGACCUAUGUAUUUCCUGUGCCUUAAUUUUAUUAUCCUCAUGAAAGAGACAUAUGAAGUGCCUUCCUGUUUUUUUUUUUCUUCAUAAUCUCCCUCUUGAAUGCUGCCUAUUUGUCAGCUUUUAUUAGAAGGUCAGCAGCUUCAGUGAAGAUCAAAGUGAGAAAAUCACAUUACGUUGUUCUCCUAGCCUGUUUCUGACUCUGAGCUACAGUGUCUGCCUAAGGUAAUGUCUGUGCUGUUAUCCUGCAGUUUCUCUCCAGUUGUUCCUAUCAAGUCAAGUCAGGGUCAGUCCUAGGAAGAGAAUCAAAGUGGACGACUGAGACCAGGUCCACUCUGAGCUGUCAGUGGCUGAAGCCAGCUUUUAGAGUCUCUUACCAGCCAAGCAAGGUCAGCAUGCUGUUUAGCUCACAGUUUAUUUUCAGGAAUAUUCACGCUUUGCUGAGUCCAAACUAAUUCAUCACAAGGGUGGUUUAGCAGGUCGACAUUGUCCUCUGCUCUUUUAGCUGAUCCAUAGGCAUCAGGAAGUGAUGUCUUAAUGGAAUCUAUUAUGUGAGACUGUCAAGUGUUGCAAAAUGUGACCCCUUCAAAAUAAAGCAUGUGCAACACGUUGUUAUGCUGUGAUACCCCAACUCACCCCCACCCCAGGAGCUUUUGCCCAUAUCCAAACAUUACUGUGUUUAGAGACAAGCCUCUUAAAGGCUGACAAAAAGCUUUGGCAGAGGGUGGGGAGGGGGAAAGGGGGAACAAGACAUCAAGGUAAUUUUGCUGGAAUAAGUUCAGCUCCUUCUGAACUCAAACUGAGGAAUCUCACCAUUAAUCUGAAUUGUACGGAAAGCUGCCUGGUACCGUGGAAAGCUUUGUUCCUAGUGCUAAUAGCAUGCUUUUGCCUUUUGAGUUAUUUGUACUUAUACUGGUUGAGUUUUUCCCCCAUAUAUACAUUGGAAAUCUGCUUGACCAAAUGCAGCUUCCAUUUUUUUUUUCUGGCACAUAAAUUACCAACCUAUUAACUUUUUUUUUUAACAUUUAAAACAGACACUGGCAUGGAUAGAGUUUUACUUUUUUACUAUGUACAUAACUGAAAGUGUACUAUUUUAGAUAUUUUGCAGUAUAAGAACACAUCAUGUCAAGAAUGUAAACAUAAAAUAUUUUAUCUUCGUAUGAUGAAAAUCACUUUGGAAAUAGCCUUGUUGAUUCAAUGUAUAAACUGUUUAUCCUAAGAGAUGUCUGUUUCACAUAGAUCUGUAGUCCCGAAUAAAAAAUGGACUGCUGAUCCAAGACAUUUACAAUACUAUAUGCUUACUGAUAUAUUUUACACUUUUUUAUCCUGCAUGUACUGUAAAAGGCUACAAUUCUGCACAAUAAAAAUGUUUAACAGUGA